AUGUGGCUCUACCUGGCGGCUCUCACAGGCCUGUUCUAUAUUGUGCGCUGGUACCGGGAGAGGCAGGUGGUGAGCCACCUCCCAGACAAGUAUGUGUUCAUCACAGGCUGUGACUCAGGCUUUGGGAACCUGCUAGCCAGACAGCUGGAUGCGCGAGGCUUGAGGGUGCUGGCUGCGUGUCUGACGGAGAAGGGGGCCAAGCAGCUGAGGGGCCAGACGUCAAACAGGUUGGAGACGGUGACCCUGGAUGUCACCAAGACAGACAGCGUCACUUCAGCAGCCCAGUGGGUGAAGGAGCACGUGGGGGACAGAGGACUCUGGGGCCUGGUGAAUAAUGCUGGCGUCUCCAUGCCCAUUGCACCCAAUGAAUGGCUGACGAAAGAGGACUUUGCGACCGUCUUGGACGUGAACCUGUUGGGGCUGAUCGAUGUGACUCUGAACCUGCUGCCCUUAGUAAGGAAGGCGAGGGGCCGUGUGGUCAACGUCUCCAGCAUCAUGGGCCGGGUGUCACUUUGUGGUGGGGGCUACAGCAUCUCCAAGUAUGGCGUGGAGGCCUUCUCGGACUCCCUCAGAAGGGAGCUGUCCUACUUUGGGGUGAAGGUUUCCAUGAUCGAGCCUGGUUACUUCAAGACUGGUAUGACCAGUGUUCAGAGACUCAUAAAGAAUCUCCAGGAGAUAUGGAACCGUGCCAAGCCAGAGAUCAAGCAGAUCUAUGGAGAAAAGUUUUUUGCAUUCUACAUGAAAGCAACUGAAUUAAUGGAGCCACAGUACUGGCAGGAUCUGCCCUUGGUGACGGACUGCAUGGAGCAUGCGCUGAUUGCCUGCCACCCCCGCACGCGCUACUCCCCUGGCUGGGAUGCCAAGCUUCUCUACCUUCCCAUGAGUUACAUGCCCACCUUCCUGGUAGAUGCUUUGUUCUACUUAGGCAGUCCAAGGCCAGCAAAGGCCCUGUGA